AUGAGAUUCCCACCGCCCGAGGUUGUCAAGUCAUGGCCGCCACCAACUCACGUUGAUCCCGAAGAGAGAGGGCCGGCCCUCCUCAUCAUCGAGAGCAUCUCGCUCAGCUUUGCUUUCAUCUGCCUGCUGCUCAGGCUGUAUGUGAGAAUAUUCAUGAUGAGGAAGAGUUGGUGGGACGAUUGGCUCAUGGUUGGCGCUGCUAUUUUCUCAAUAUCAGUGACGGUGUGCGUCAUUUUAGCUACCCAAUUAUAUGGAUGGAACCUCCAUAUAUGGGACACGACAUUCGUACAGCGUAUGCAGGGCCGUCAAAUUUCCAUCGUGGGACAGACACUCUUUGUGUUUGCGUCCGGCCUCUCAAAGCUCUCCAUUCUUACGAGCUACCUGAGAAUAGCCCCUCUCGGGUCCACCUUCCAGCGAGUCACGCAAGUCACUAUUGGUGCAGUACUGGCUCUGAUUAUCAUCUUUCUCAUGGUACUUUGGACACAAUGCAUUCCCAUCUGGCAUUACUGGGAUCUCACAGUCCUAGACCGCAACUGCAUGGCAGAAUGGCCACCAUUGGCAGGACAGACCAUCACAACCGUAAUCACCGACAUCAUCGUUUACCUCCUCCCAAUGCCCACACUCUUCCGACUGAGGCUCCCUGUCCUCCAAAGGAUUGUUUUGAUCAUUCUCUUCAGUCUCGGCACCGUAGUAGUUGUGGCGGGUAUCAUGAGGACGUGGUGGACGUACUACGUUGAGGAGAUGACAUACGAUGUCACAUGGGACGGCUUUGAACUUUGGAUCUGGACAGCGCUGGAGGCCAACCUUGCCAUCAUCUGCGGCUGCGUACCGGUGCUCCGCCGCUUACUCCCCUCGAUGACGGAGAAUGCGGAUUCAAUCCAGAGAGGUCAUAUCGAAGACAAGGAGGAUGACGAAGAGAGCUGUGACGACAAUGACGGAAAUGACGAUGGCGACGACACGAAUGGAAUAGACAGCGACGAUGGCGAAGACGGAAUAGACGACGAUGAAGAUGAAGAUGAAGAUGACGAUGUUGAGAAUGAGUGGGAAAGUUGCAGUGGUCUGUUUCCAGCAAUGAAGCGUACGCGACCCACCGAGCCUAAGGUCCGCCGUGAUCACACUGUGAUGAAGAACAAUCUAAUCUGCAUGGACGCUCGGCUCCGGGAGUACUGGUGCGAAGGGCGGCUUGCCCUGGAGCCCGUCGGCGGGCCAUACCAGGAGAAUACCCUUGACCAUGACGAAGAAGGCAGCGUACAAGCUUCUUCGACCGUUGAAACAUUGCCAGAGUCAACCGGGCAGGACGAGCCUCGUACAAAGAGACUGAAGGUCGACACGGGCGGCUUGUGGUGCCAGAAAAUACGCUUUCACUGGAUGAGGCAGAUCCGCAGCUUGAAAAUGGAGGAUAUAAAGGAAAUUAAUCCCUAUACGGAUCCAUGUACUCUCCUUCCGGUUCAUCUUCCAAUGCCCUGCGGCCCUCCUGAUGGGGAGAUUGUCACUAUAAAGGCGGAGCACAAGCUCGAUCUGCCAGACCAGGAUAUCCUGAUGCUGCAGUUUCUGCUGAUCACGGGCUGGGCGAUGGCCGCAGGGCGAGAGCCUAAACACUUCAAUUUCGAUUUUGAUUACGAUACAGACCGUUUCUGGGAAGCUCGACGCAAAAGGUUAGCUAAGAAGAAAGCUAGACAGCGCGAGAUGCGGAAGACGACAGAAACGACAGAGACGACGAGAGAGACGACGACAGAGACGAUGACAGAGAUGGCGGACAAUGAUUUCAGCGCGAAGAGCUAUUUUGAGACGCUUGAGGACAAGACAUCGACGAUGGAAGACAUCUAUGAACUCCUCCAAUCCUGUUUAAAGGAGGUCAAUCGGAACGACGCAGUAUUCCACGCAUCUCUGUGUGUCCUCUACCAAACCGACUCUGACCAGCUUGGUGGAGCACAUGACCUUUACGAAAGUCUCAAUGGGGAUGAGAAGAAGAAGCGCUGUGACCCCAAUGCGGUACGGGAUGCCCUGAACCGCGACGACGGGAAGUGCGUCCUACUUGGAACGGCGGACCCGAUGGCUUGCCACAUAGCCCCCUUCGCAAUCAAAACAUUCUUGUCAGAGUUAACCCGCAUUCCUGCCUUAUUUCCAGCAGAUCUCUUGCAUAGAGCCCACAACAAGGUACAGUCCGAUGAUAACAUUCUGUGCACAACUCGCAACGUCCUCUCCAUGAAUACCCAAAUGCGCCAGUACUGGGCAAACGGCCGCUUCUCUCUGGAGCCCUGGGGCGAACCUCAUCAAGAGACGACAGAAAGACGCCGGACAGGCACUGGCGGUUUGUGGUGCCAGGAAGUGCGCUUCCACUGGAUGAGACAGACCACGAUCAGCAUGCAACAGAAGUGGGACGGGAGAGGCCAGAAUCUCCGCGAUUUGCUUCCCCCGCGCCUCGGCAGAUAUCACCAUUGGAGCGCCAAGACGGGUCGGUUGAUUCAAGACGGCGAAGUAGUUGCCAUCAAAGCCAAGAACCGACUUGACCUCCCCGACCGCGACUUUCUGGAAAUCCGGCAUCGUCUCAUUUCGGCUUGGUCGAUGGCAGCAGGGGUUGAGCCGAAGAACUUCACAUUUGAGGACGAGGGUCCAGAUCAGCCGUGGGGAUAA